GCAGUUUUAGAUGAACAUGUAAGCUAGAAUGUAUCGAAUAAGUUAAAAUGGCAAUUUAUGUACACAUUUUGUUUUGGAUCUGUAUUUAUACAUGCCUGUUUACAGAAGGCGCUGAGUACUACAUUUCAACUAGCAUCAAUACUUGGAAUAAUGUUCCUCAAGACUGUAACUUGGCACAACCAGAAUAUGUGCAUGAAUAUGCCACAGGAACAAUUAAUCUGAAUAAUAGUAUCCCUCUCAAUGAGACGCAACAACAUGACGUUUGGAUUGGAUAUUUCAAAGCUUUAACCGAAUUUAAAUAUCAUGGCUGUUCAAACCUAUCGAUAUCUGAUUUAACACACGUAAAGAGCCUAGUUGAUUGCAAGUAUGCGUGCAGUGGAAAUUACUUUGGACUUUAUUGUUCGGAUGAUGAGUUGCAAUGCCAAUGUUUGAAUGAACUACCAGACGUAGACGACCUUAAGAGUAAAUAUUGUACAACACUCGAUGAUUUCGUUUGUGGGACCAACAGCAGACUAGCUAUAUACAGUGUUGGAACGGACAAAUCUUCAAGAAACCAAAACAUCAUCUCUAAUCUGUGCAAGGCAUCCCCUUUCAAUUCCAAUUAUGCCGCUUGGAUUAAGUGUGAUGAUGAAAACAAUGCAACGAAAGUGUGGUGUCGAAACGACGAAAGCAGCGAGCCCUUUCUAUCAAGUGAUGAGUUUGCUGCCUGGAAUGAAGCUAAUGACGACUGCGCUAAUAAAGAUGCAUUACCGUCUACGGCGGUAGGCUACAACGGCGACAAUUUGGAAGACAUGGCGUUCACAAAUAUAUUUCGGAGCUGGACUACCCAGAAAGGCAACGGUUCGUGUUUGUUCACCAUAUUUGUUAGACCUUUCGUUACUAUGUAAUUACCUGUUGCAAUGACGGACUUUUAAUUUAGAUGUAAAUAUUAUAAUUAUUUAUAAUUAUAUAAGUGAUUAAUUUCGUAUCACUUUUCUUUGUUUAUUGACAUAGGGAAUAUAAGCGACGUGUUGUUUGGUAGUCAUUUAUUAUUUAUUUUUCAAUAACGCAAUUAAUUUGUUUUAUCAAAAGUAUUCAAUCCUUUAUAAUUUAAUAGAGGUAAAAGUGUUUGUAUCGCAUGGAAAAUGUGUACAUAAUUUGAAAUACCUGCUUUCUUGCGAAUGCAAACGAAACGAAUAAUUAGUAAUUGUACUUUCACUUUGUUAUGUUAUUUGGUAAAAUGUUGUUAAGUCGUACUGUUGUACGGUUCCUUAAAGUCAGUAUGGGUUACGUGUCUUUACAAAAAAAUCUAUGAUGGAACAAAGAGUCACAUUAAACUUAUUACUCCAGUAAUCAAUAACCGUCUACAAUUUGUGUUUCAUUCCCAGCAACUGUUUUAAUUGGCAUUUGUUUGAACAUUAUUGGCGUCACUCCGGAGAGCGGCGACUAGUAUGUAAUGCAUUUUUUUUCGCUAAUGGGAGGAGAAGUUAUUUAACGGAUCAAUGUAUAUAUUUUAGUUUUUAAGAAUAUCUUGCAUA